UGGCAAAGGAAGUGAAAUUGAAUUUCUACGAGCUCGGGACAAUGGUGACGUUUUUCGGUAGAAAAGUUUGAAAUCCUAGUUUUUCUUUAUUUUCGGUACACUUUAGCACUUUUAGUGAUACUCGUUUGCAUCGUGGUGUUGUUGAGUUUAAAAAUUGUGUUCUAUCUUGACGAAUCGUUUCGGAUUUAGGUGGUUCUAAGCGAAAAUUUGAACGAAAAAUCUGUCCUCGAUAGUGGAAAAGGGUGCGUUUAGUUUUUUUCCGCUGCCUUGAUAAACUGCGUGCAAGAGCGAGGCAAAUGGUGGUGAGAAUAAACCGAACGGUCACAUUACUCUAGCUAGUCGAAAACAACUGAGUCAACAAAAUUUUAUCCGUGGCAGUAUUCAGCUGGGAAGAAAUGCUCCAUAAGUGAAUCGAAAACAGUAACGCGACCAUCGUCUGUUUCCCCCUGGGCCGAUUAACAUAAGAUGUCCGAUUCCGAGCGGCCACAGCCAAAUCAGCAGCAGCAGCCGCAGCACAAACAAAACCCAGAACUAAGUUCUACGUCGACUGAAUCUUCGCCAAAGCCUCCUCUCGCUUCCGGUGGUCCCUCUUCUUCAUCGACUUCCGAAUCGUCAGCUCCGGCCAUCAUCGAAACAACCACAGACUACUCGCCGAAUCGAAAGCCACCGCUAGCAGUCGAAGAGGAUACGAACAGCACAGCCAGCAGCAACAUUCCAGCAGUCACAGUUACUGCAAUCGAGAAUCCCCAGCCCGCUCAGCUGACUACGAUUUGCCCAUCUGUUGGCCCCGUAGAAUCAACCGUAACUGCAACAGUUCAUCAAGCUUCACUACCGGCUGCGGCCAUCAUCAUUGAAAGGCAAGUUUCCGUUAGUUCUACCGAAGGCAACAUGUCACACAGUGGCAACGGGGGAUCCGGUUUCCGUAGCUCCUUCAAUGGACGCGUUCCAUUUGCUCGCAUACUUUCCAGCGGCUCUAGCAGUGAUCGGCGCUCCGGGAAUGCCGGUGCUGAAAAUAACCGCUCAAACAUGAGUAUGCUGAAUGAUAUAUUUGCCAUGUUUCAACAAACGCGAUUGGUCACGCAAAGACGCCACAAUUUAUUUCUCCCGGGUGCACAGGCACAUGCAAUCGCAGCAUCUCACAUGCCCGGUACAAGUACCCCUCCAGUUGGCAACCCUAGCGAUGUAGUUAUUGAUCUGGACAAUGGUGUCACCACCGGCCCUUCACCAAGAUCAUCUAAUAAUGAAAUCUAUCCUAUUUCGGCAUCUUCGUCGAUUGCCAGCUUUAUCAGACCAAACUCGUGGAUCCAAAAUAACCCAACUGAAGAUGACGGUCCUGGUGCAGUUCGCGCUUCGGUGAUGCCCAAUUUUAACUACCAUCACCAUCAUCAUCAUUUCCACAAUCACCAGCCACUGUCCUCGAAUAAUCACCAGCAUUUGUCACAACUGCAGCAAUCCGGACCCGGAUCUACCAACCAACCAUCAUCUCUCGGAGCCGCCACAUCCAGUGGUAUUCCCGGGGAACCUUCUAAUGGCCCACAACUAUCCUCACCUACAAACCCUGAUAAUCCUAGCAAUAUCAAUAAUGGCACACGCAGUAACAGUGUCAGCUCCAAUCAACAACCAGCACCAAAUGACGAGGCCGCAGCUCACGAAACCGCCAAUCAAAUCCCAGAAGCUGACGCUAUGAUGAGCGCCAUGAUGGACGCCAUCGCUCGCUACAUUCCACUGCUCUUCAUUCUAGUUACCAAACUGUGUUACGACCAUCUCGAUGGCAUCAUCCAUUUCCUGGCCCUGCUAAUGACCUUCUCUCAUGCAAAUUGGGUGGUGCGCCAGGAAGUUUCAAAACAGGCCCAAAAACGGAUAGUUGUUCUUUUCAGAGAACUUCUCUUUAUAUCCAUAGCACUGGCCGUCGUCGGUUUCGUACUGGAACGGAAAAACAUCUUCCUCAGCAUCCUUUUCAUGCCGGACCUUUCCGAACCGCAAACCCUUAAAUCUCUGCUCUUCUCGGUGUGCAUUUCGGACUUGGUGCUCAAACUUUUGACCAUUUUCGUCAAGCUCCUCAUUACCCUUAUGCCGCCAAGCGUGAUCGAGUACAAAAGUCGAGGCAAAAUCUACCUGAUGACCGAAUCACUUUCGCAGCUGUAUCGAGCAGCCGCACCCAUUCAGCCUUGGCUCAUCUUUCUGUUCGAGUCGUACUCGGGCUCAGAGAAAAUCGUUGGUGUAAUCUUGUCCGCAGUGUACAUGGUAGCCAAAUCGUCCGAUCUGCUCGAUCGGAUCAAGUUUUGCAAACGAUCGGUUAUCAAGCUGCUUCAAAAGACGAGCUACGGUACGAUCCCUUCCAAGGAGCAGCUGCAGGCUUGCGGUGGCCAGUGUCCGAUCUGCCACGACAACUUCAACUCCCCGGUGCUGCUCGAGUGUAACCACAUAUUCUGCGAGCUAUGCGUGGGCACCUGGUUCGAUCGAGAACAAACCUGCCCGCUCUGCCGUGCCAAGAUCGUGGAUGAUCCGUCCUACCGGGACGGGGCGACCACCUUCUUCCUGCAGCUCUACUAGACGGAAUGUGCGAGGUGACGAGGAGAUCAGACUGGAUGUUGUAAAUGUUUGUGUAUAUCGGGGUAAGCUGAACGAGGAGAGCGAUUGCCAAAACAGUUGUCGAAUAAUCGGUAUGUAUGGUUGAUUAUUUUUACCGCAAUUAACUGAACGACGUAAACGUGUGUAGAGUAUCCUAAGUGAUAGAAAGAAAUGUUUGAUAUUUACAAGUUUUAUUUUAUUUUUUCUCUUAAAAUCUAUUAUGAAAUAACAAUUUAUAAGACUAUGAAAAAAAACAAUAUUAACAAAUUACAGUUAAGCAACAAUCUUGAUUUAUGUUGACAAAUGUUUAACAACAGGACGACUACGUCAAAAAUAGGUCGAGUAUUCUGCGGAUGAAUGAGCGUUUUAGAAUGCGUCUUUAUCUGUCUCACUUCUACAAUGGUUUUGUGUUAACGCCGUUAAUAUUCCAAAAAAAUAGGAAUGAAUGUGUAAACAAAGAAGGAGAUGUUUAUGGCAAGUGUUAAUAUACAGUUUAAACAACAAAAGGAAAAACAUCGAUUAAUUUUCAGACAUGGCGAAACUAUUUCUGACUUUUCCGCAACAAAAUCAAGCAUAUUUGACUCGAACGUCUUUUAGAGCUAACUGUUGCAAAACAUAACUAUUGCGAGUAACACAGCAACAUUAAUACAAAAAGUACAGCAAAUAUCUAAUAUAAUCCAUUACGAAUAUAAUCCUUAUUUUAAUUUGAAGAGAAAUAUAACUAGUUUCGAUAUUGUUAGCUA